GACAGUCGGGGUGAGAGGAGUUUCGCUGCUGCCAAAACCCCGCGGACUGACAGUGUGUGGGAGCCGGUAACGGGAAAGGGGGGGCGAGUGAGGAGGUGCCGGGUGGGACCCUUCAACAAGUCCGGAGGAGAGACUGAACCUUCACUUCACUCGCAUGUUUGGAGCCCUGAGAGUUGCUGUCAGUGCACUAGCAGAAAUAUGUCUGCUGGACCUCCGAGAGUGAACGACCACUAUGUUUUCCACCGACGGGACCUGGAGGAGCUGCCGUCGGAGGAGCAGGGGGGACGGCACGCCGGCCAGCCGGGGCUCGGUGGGAGACAAACGGCGUUACAGCCCCAGAGACACCGGGCCGAUGCCGCCCAGCCUCGAACUCGACCCGCCGGUGACCCCGCAGCCAGGUGGCCUGAUGUGGACGACCCCACCACCAGAGAGCCGCAGCUGGACGACUGUGAGCGGAUGGGGACUCUGUUUGGGAUGCUCAACAAGUGCCUGCGGGGAAUGGGCUUCAGCCAGAUGUAUUUUGGGGACAAGAUCGUGGAACCAGUCGUGAUUGUGUUCUUCUGGAUGCUGCUCUGGUUCCUGGGUAUCCAGGCCCUGGGGCUGGUGGGAACUCUGUGCAUCAUCAUCAUCUAUAUCCAAAAGUAAUAAUGAAGAAGAAAAAGAAGAAAAAAAAAAAAAGGAGCCUGCUGCUUUCUUUGCUUACUGCUUACACAUGUGGGACUCGUUCCAUGCUGAUGAGGGAUCAGAUUGAUUGACUCUGGUGAUUUGGGAGAGAGCUCUACUUCUGUAGUCAUGUAACGAAUUUGAGGAUCUGACUAUUUCUGGAGUUUUACUUAAAGGUGUGUUCACAUAGAGGAAAGAUGGGGCUAAUUUUGUUUGAUUUAGAGCUUGUAUUGCCUCAGCACCAGCGUCCUGCUGCCCCUGCUGGUCUAAUCAUAUCGUAAUGUUGUUUACCAGGCGGUUUAAAGGACUUAGUGGUGGCUAGUUUGUUUUGGUUUGAGGUAUAAGUUACAGAGAAUGAAAGACAGGGAAACACAUCCACACACAUCAGGGUGUGAUCUGACUCCCGGAGAAAUGACAGAUUUCUACACUAACAGUUUUUUUAUGUUGUGUUCAAGUGCAGCGGUUCUCAGUCUGAAGUGAAAGCUGACUUGUUGGACUUGUACUGUGAAAUCUUUUAGCUGUGAGAGUUUACUUUGUGGGAUAGACAUUUUGAUGUCUAGCCAUGUAUAUUAGAGUUUGAUUUACUCUUGGAAUCAACCUCUCCUGUUAACUAUUAAUGUAAUGUCUUCCUGGGAGAGCUGUAUCAGAGUGGAAACUUGACCAGCUGGUGUUUACCUUUUCAGCUGCAGCUUGAUUGUAACCUAUCAGACGAGAAGCGAACACAGCUGAUGAACGUCUGAUUUCAAAGCUUUAAGUUUCACACCACUACUUUGAAAGCAUGCAAUGCAUCCUACUGACCAGAAAUCAUCAUGACGGGGUAGUUUCUCCCCCGUCAGCAUUAUUUGUCACUCUUCAUUGGGGUCGUUGAAUAUGAAUGUCGAGUAAUCCUCAGGAUAAGUGAGUUAUAUCGCUGGUUCAAGACGUGAAAUACCGUAGUCUCAUCAAACCAACACAAGCACUUUUACUCCCAGAGUGUCCGAAAACAGAUUCACUGAAGUGGACAAAUCAAAUCAACAGAAUUAGCAAGAAUGUGGAUGAAAGUCUGGGGCCAUAAGUCAAACUUUUCAAUAUGAAAGAAUUUUACAAUUAAUCGUAAUAAUUUCACAAAAUUUGAUUCAUUAAAUUAAAAGUUUUAAUCUGUUGGCACUCCGGGUUGUAGAUCAUCCCUGGUGGACUCAGAGAAGAAGGCAGAAGCUCAAAAGCUCACAGAUCAAGGAAGAAAAUGACCGAAACCAUAAAGUCAACACAGUGCUCCGUUUCUCAAACACUGCACUGCAAAGAUACUAAGCUGGUAAAACACAGAGCUCCCACAGAAGCAAGGUUAAGGUUGACUUUACUGAAGGGGUUUUGGAAAGUGUUGAUGCUGCUGUGACAUUUCCCAGUGCCUCAGUCUGGUGAUUGCACAGCUUCAGAAAUGUUUACUUGAAGGUUUUCUUGUGUUAACCGGGAUUAAUGAGCUACUAUUUUUUUUUAUCCUAUAGAUGAAUACAUUACAAUCCGUUUUUAUCAAAACAAUCACGUGCUUACAUCGUUUUAUAUAGUUUGGAUUUUAUAUUUCAAAAUUUGGAACUUAUUUCUUCAGUUAUGCAAACAUUGUUUUUUUGCGCCUCUUCUUUGUAUUGGAAAAUAGAAUAUUAGAAAAAUACUCAUGGAAUUCCUAAAAUUGUACUUUCAGUGGUUUUACAUUGUGGUCCAGGUGCAGCUUCUGGACGCAUCUAAAAGGUCAGGAGGGAUGCUUUGUCCCGGCAUCACGUUUUCAUUAUGAAUCAAAAUAAGUGCAAGUUAGUGUAUAAUAGUAUGUAAACACAUUAACGGAGCUGCUUUUAAGUGUGAUUUGGGUGAAUCCAAAUGAGGAAACAAGCUUUACAACAGCAGCAGACUGUCUGCCGACUCGAGCCGUGCUGUAAUGCGAGCGGCAGAGUCGAGUCUGGACGGGCUUCAGGGAGAGAAAAAAUGAUUUAAAGCACAGCGGCAUGAAUGCUACUGAGUAACCAGAACAAGUUGGGUUUUUUUUUAAACAAUAUAUAAGAUUCUUACUGUAACUCAGUCCUUGUUUGGUUUUGGUCUCAGGUUAUUUUCAAACUGAUUUUAUCACAUUGUGCUGGGAUUAAUUCAAACGUGCAAGUGUCCAUAUCAAACACUGUCGGUGUGCUGCUGACUUGAGAGGGAAUCGUCACCGCUGAGUUACAGUACUGUCUGCUGCGUCUGUCCCAGGCGGAACUGGAACUCCCUCUUGGAAACACUGAUUGUUUAUGAGAUUUGCACUGACAGUUUUGAUUCAUUCCUGAAAGAGAAAUAUUGAACCCGAGUGUAUGACGUGUGUGUGUGUAAGAAUAAAGGUGAUGGUCCUUUGUCAGAUGCUGA